AUGACAAUUUACGGCCACCGUCAUAGCCAUCACGCUACCACAGCAGAUCAUCCACCAUUGGACAACGCGCCUCGCACACCAAGAAACAUUACGCAUUCUCGCAUCAACAACUUUUUGGCAGAUGGAGGUCAGUUCCACGGUAUGGGGAUCCACCGUGGACUCUGGAAGUUGCGGCAGUCAGGACCUCCCCAUGUGGCAUUGAAGGUGUACAGCGUGCCUGACUUGAAGCGUAUCACAUUCAAAGAUGCUGUGUCACAAGAGUUCAAAGAUUUCAAGCUUGGUCAGCACAGUUUUGGCCCUAGUUGGUCUACACAUUGGUUUCAUGUAUCUAUUGUCAUCCCUCAAGAGUUGGAGGGACAUCGGGUUUUCCUGCAAUGGGACAUGGGGUGCGAAGGCAUGGUGUGGAGCACGGAUGGCGUGCCUCUUCAGGGCCUCACUGGUGGAUCGGAUCAGGCUCGCCAUGAUUUCAUCGUUACCAACAAGGCAAGGUCAGGUGAAAAGUUCAAAUUCUACAUUGAAGCUGCUUGCAAUGGCAUGUUUGGUGUCGGUGCCAAUGAUGCCAUGGUAGCAGAUCCCAACCGAUACUUCAACCUUGACAGGGCCGAUUUGGUGGUUGCUAAUGAGCCUAUCCAAAAGCUGUACCAUGACUUGUCUAUUAUUCGUGGUAUUGCCUACGACACAGAUCAAGAUUCUUCUCGAGCCAGAAAAGCAUUAUGGGUUGCCAAUGAAGUCAUCAAUAACUUUAUCGGUGAUGAUGAUGAAGCCAUUCAAGCAUGUCUCGACCUGACAAACAACUUUUUGAGUGCCAAGAACGGCACUGGCCAGCAUCAGAUCACAGCGAUUGGCAACUGUCAUAUUGAUACAGCUUGGCUUUGGCCCUACGAUGAAACAAAGCGCAAGGUUGCAAGAUCAUGGUCGAGUCAGUUGGACUUGAUUGAAAGAUACCCUGAUUAUGUCUUUACUGGAUCCCAGGUACAGCAAUAUGAGUGGCUGAAGGAGUUGUAUCCUGCUCUGUUUGAUAAGAUCCAAAAGGUUGAAAAGGGAGGUCAAUGGGAGAUCAUUGGAGGAAGUUGGGUUGAGCAUGAUACAAACAUGCCGUCUGGAGAAUCGCUUUGCAGGCAAAUGCUCUUGGGUCAACGCUUUUUUGAAAAGCAUUUUGGCAAGAGAACCCGAGUAUUUUGGCUUCCUGAUUCCUUUGGCUACUCUGCGCAGCUGCCUCAAGUGCUUCGUGAGUCAGGCUGCGAUUACUUUUUUACUCAAAAGCUGUCUUGGAACAACAUCAACAAGUUUCCUCUCUCCACUUUUUGGUGGACGGGUAUUGACGAUACUAAAAUCUUGGCUCAUUUGACACCUGCAGAAACAUACACAGCAUCUGUCACUGCUAGCGAAGUCUAUAAGUGUGCCAAAAAUCAUCACGACAUUGAGAGCUCCAACGAGAGUUUAUUAGUUUAUGGACACGGCGACGGUGGAGGCGGUCCUACACCUGAAAUGUUGGAGAGACUUGAAAGAAUGCGAAAUGUGGACGGAUUGCCUACUGUCAAGCCUGGAAGUGCAACGCAGUUUUUCGAGGGCCUCGAAAAGAACUCGGAUAGACUACAGUCCUACAAAGGAGAAUUGUAUCUUGAGUUCCAUCGCGGCACAUAUACCUCUCAAGCUCUUGUGAAACGAGGUAAUCGCAAAGGCGAAGUCAUUAUGAGGGAUGUAGAGAUCUUGGCUACAGCUGCCAAACUUCUUUCCAAUCAACAGAAUGGAUCAAACUACAAAUAUCCGAUGGACGACAUCAAUCGCUUAUGGAAACUGCUUUGCCUCAAUCAAUUUCAUGAUUGCUUGCCCGGAUCUGCUAUCAACUUGGCCUAUGUCGAUGUUCAUAAGUUCCAUCGUCAAGUCAUUUCUGAAUCUUCUUUAUUGCGCCAUCAAUCGCAAUCCUUCCUCAUCUCUGAAAGACCUACAGAUAGAUCAUCAGACAACGACAAAGAGAAUCAGGGUGUCAUUGUAUUCAAUACCCUGCCUUGGACUCGAUCUGAAGUCAUUGUAUCUCCAGAAAAGGGCACUAAAUGGUCUAGCCAACAAUGGAAGGGUGAAUAUGAGUAUUUGCUUGUGGAGAAUGUGCCUGGUCUUGGGGCUUCUGGCUAUGUUGAGCAUGCAAAGGAUUUUACAUCUGUUUCUGAAGAGAAAGCAGCACGUGCCUACGCAACCAAAGAUGGUCUUUUUGUAUUGGAGAACAAUCAUCUCAAAGCUUCAUUCGAUACAGAUGGUCAGUUAGUAGAGUUGCUUGACAAGAACUCCAACAGAGGUAAUCUCAUUCCCAAAGACUCCCGUGGCAACAUUUUGCAACUGUAUGAGGACGUGCCUACUUACUGGGAUGCUUGGGAUGUUGAGAUCUAUCACCUUCAGAAAUAUGUCGAAUUAAGGGGCCAAAAAAAGAUGCAUAUUGUCUCCAACGGACCUCUGAAAGCUGAACUUGCCUUUGAGCACAAGAUUUCUGAUGUGAGCACCAUUCAGCAAACCAUCAGUCUUUCUUGUAUUGGUGAUCGUUUGGAGUUUGAUAAUCUGGUUGAUUGGCAUGAAAGCCAUCAAUUCUUGAAAGUUGAGUUUUCCUGGGACAUUGUUACGGAUUAUGCGACUUAUGAUAUCCAAUAUGGUGUUGUGAGACGCCCUACGCACUACAACACGACCAUUGAUUCUGCCAAAUUUGAGGUGUGUGGUCAUAAAUUUGCAGACAUGUCUGAAUCAAACUAUGGCAUUGCAUUGAUCAAUGACUGCAAGUAUGGCUAUGCUACGCAUGGAAAGACGCAACGCUUGUCCUUGUUGCGUGCACCCAAGGGUCCUGAUGAACAUGCUGAUAUGGGUCAGCACAAGUUCAAGUAUGCCAUCUACCCUCACCAGGGCAACUUUACUUCGUCCACUGUUAUGCAGUCUGCUUUAGAGUUCAAUACACCUCUUUCUAUUCGACAUGCCAAGGGCAAGCGCCUCAGUAGUGGCAAAAUUGUGCCCUCUCUGUUCACUGUAGAUGGCUCGAAUCAAAUCAUCAUUGAUACAAUCAAACUCGCUGAAGAUGACCAAGGUAAAGGCAAGCAAGUUAUUCUGCGUCUUUAUGAAGCCUAUGGAGGCAAGAGCAGUGCCAUUUUAAAGAGUCAUUUGAAGAUCAAACAUAUCCAAGUCUCCAAUAUCUUGGAAGACGAUACCAAUCAUGAUUUGGAGGAGAAAGAUGGCGGCUUCUUGGUCACACUUGGAGCAUUUCAAAUCUUGACGCUGAAGGUUGAUUUGGAUUAG